CUUCCGGUCAAACGGGAAGUAGAGAGUAAACCUCUCCGCUUUGAUCACGAUCGCUCACCCGACCAAUCAGAGCUCCCUGACGUAACCGCCCCCGACGCUGCGGGAGACCCUGAGGUCACGUGAUCACAGUUCAGCAGGAGACCCGCACGGGAGCAGAGCAUGGCGUGCGUGUUGGUGUGUGCGUUGCUGCUCUGCGCUCUGCUCCACAGCAGCUCAUCCGUCUCCGCUCAGCGACGCUUCCAUGAACGGACGCAGAAGCUGGACCCUGAAGUGAACAUGAACAUUUCAGAGAUCAUCAGGAGAUGGGGUUAUCCUGCCGAGGAGCACAAGGUCGUGACGGAGGACGGGUACAUUCUGAGCAUCAACAGGAUCCCGAGGGGACUUAAACGCACCGCAGGUCCGAGGCCGGCGGUCUUCCUGCAGCACGGCCUUCUGGCGGCAGGCAGCAACUGGGUCACCAACCCGCCCAGCUCCAGUCUGGGGUUCGUUCUGGCGGACGCCGGUUAUGAUGUGUGGAUCGGAAACAGCAGGGGGAACACCUGGUCCAGGAGGCACCAGACCCUGAACCCAGACCAGGAGGACUUCUGGAAGUUCAGUUACGAUGAGAUGGCUCUGAAGGACCUCCCCGCCGCCAUAAACCACGUCCUGAAUGUGACCGCUCAGGACCAGAUCUUCUACAUCGGACACUCUCAGGGAACAACCAUCGCAUUCAUGGCGUUCUCAGCGCUGCCGGAACUGGCCAGUAAGAUCAAGCUUUUCUUCGGUUUGGCUCCCGUGGCGACGGUGGCGUUUACCGAUAGUCCGAUGACCAAACUGUCCAUCCUGCCAGACGCCCUCAUCUGGGACCUGUUUGGUAGGCGGGACUUCCUGCCUCAGAACGACUACAUCAAGUGGCUGGCCGAGCACGUGUGCGGGAAGCGUCUGCUCAGCGAGCUCUGUGGAAACAUCUUCUUCGUUCUCUGCGGCUUCGACGAGAAAAACCUGAACAUGACUCGGACUCCGGUCUACACGACCCAUUGUCCAGCCGGGACGUCGGUCCAGAACAUGGUCCACUGGGCCCAGGCGGUUCAUGGAGGAAAACUGACGGCGUUCGACUUUGGAGCCGCUGGAAACAUGAAGCAUUACAACCAGACCACGCCCCCUGAGUACCACGUCAAAGACAUGACGGUUCCCACCGCUCUGUUCUCCGGUGGUCAGGACACUCUCGCCGAUCCCAAAGACGUUGCAGUUCUUCUAACUCAGGUCUCUAACCUGGUCUACCAUCAGCACAUCCAGCACUGGGAGCAUCUGGACUUCAUCUGGGGUCUGGACGCUCCCGAGCAGAUGUUCCCCCCCAUCCUGAAGCUGCUGCAGGAGCAUCUUUAGAGACGAUUCUCUCCAGAGUCCAGCAGCAGGAAGACCGAAUUCACCGAUGUUUACCGCCCUCCUCCGUCCUACAGAUGUCUGAGACGACUCGUUUUUAAUCGCUGUGACUCUAAUCUGAAACUUCCUUUUCCUGAAGAACAAAAGUUUGGGGGAUUUCAUUCCAGAAGGAAUAAACGGGAGCGCUGCUCCUCUGGAUUCAUGGACCACAGUUUCGGCUGGACUUUGAUUUUGAGACUUUUAGCUGGAGCUACAGAACCAGGAAGUGAUGUCAGGAUGUCCUGCAUUUCACAAUAAGAGCACCAGUGAAGCUGUUCCUCAAAGCUGACU